CGCGCCGAGACGCACGCGACGACGUCUCCGAACAAACACGUUGAGUUUUCAGUUCGAGUUGCAAGUAAAUGCGGGGAAAAUGCGACAAAUGUGUGUGCGGCGGAUACAUUUUUUGCUAAAUUGAACUGAAUAUAAAUAGCAGCAAAAGUUUUCUCUGUGUGUCUUGUGUUGUGUAUUUUUUGUGUUGUCGGGAAAUAAAACACAAAAGAAAAGUAGGAAAAAAAUAAGAGACACACGCCCAAAAAUACGCAUAAAAAAGUCCAAAUCGAAAUCGGAAUCGGAGCGACAGCACAUAAAAUAUCAGCGCAUAAAUAAAAAAAAGUAGAAAAUUGUUGCAGUUGUCUUUUGCCGGCUGCAUUCUUGCCUCCUUGAUCGCUGACUCUGCCGGCGGAUUAUGUAAAGUGGCAAAAGGCAAGCGAGCUCGUUGUCCCAAGGGCCGAUCAGCGCAAAAAAUACGCACGGAAAACUUUUGAAGAAGCAAAUGUAUCCAUUGAAUGUGUGUUGCCAUUUCUCAAUCUCAAUCUCUCUCUCGCUCUCACUCUCUAGUCUGUGCAUCUCUGUCGCCAGUUUUGUCGCCAGUAAAUGCAUCUAAUUUAUUUUGCAUCUAUUGCAAUUGAGGAGGCCACCGUGGCAGCAUCAGAAUCAGCAGCAUCAAGUCGAUGCAUCCGAAAGAUACGCGCGUCGUUUGUCUAAUUGCCAUCAGCAGUUACUUAUUUGUUGUGCCAACUAUCUAAGUGUGUGUGUGUGUGAAUGUGUAUUGAAUUACGAGCUAAAAUGCAAAUAUACAAAUUGAUGCACAUCAAGUGAAAAUGAAAUAAACGGCAAAGCUCUUCAACAAAAUGCAUCUACAGCUCAAAUUGUGCAGUGCGAAUUUCAUGAAUAAUUAACGAGCAUGAAUAAAAUCAAAUGAAAUAAAAUACAAAUAAAAAUACAAAAAACAAAAAAAUAAAAACAAAACGAAAAUAAUUCAAAGCAAAGGAAAAAGAAAAUAAAACGCAAUUGGCUAUUGUGAGGCGAGUUGCCAAAAUAACGUAAUCAGCAUGUCGUCCUAUCGAAGUUAUACUCCCUGGAAGUCUAAUCUGAGUUCCUAUAAGCCGAGUAGCUCAACGUACACAUUGGGCAGCGACCUUGGCAGUGGCGCCACCUCGCGCUACACCUCGCUGGCGACGCCCAGCGCCUACAGACCAUCCUUCUCCGGUGGCACAUAUCGCAUUAAACGUGAUCCUCCAGCUGCCACGCCAGCGGUGACAAGCUACGUGAGUCGCUAUGGCAGCGCAGCGAAAAUUGAAGCCAAGGACACGACAAGCUCCAGUGAUCGGAGCAGUCCCAUCAAACGCUACACGGGCACAACAAGUAAACUGGGCAAAUAUGGCAGAUCCAGGGAUCCCAGUCCAGUGGCGCUGGAGCACACCAAUCACAACACCAAGUCGAAAUCAAGGGAUCCCAGUCCGGUGUUGGACAGCGCACGGAGUAAACUGGGAGCUAGUAACUAUCGCAGCGGCAACAGCAGUAGUAGCAGCUCCAGGAACACCUAUGGCAAUCGCUAUGGCAGCACAGGAACCCGACUCAAUAGUAAUACGCUGGACAAAUCCAUCUCUUACUUGACCACAAGUGAUUUCCAUGCGAGAACCGCAAGUCGCGCCAAGGCAAGCAGGGAAAAAGAGCUCGAGGAGCAGCAGACACCAGAACAGCCAGCUGAAACAGUUGAGGAGGUAGCCAAAACGGAGGAAGAAUCCCCGGAGCAACAGUCUGAGACUGCACCUGAGGAAACCUUCAUCUCCGUGUCUGUGGUGACCAGAGCCACCUCACCAACUCCACCAGGCAGCACCACAGUGCAACGCACGCGUCGCAUAGACAUCGCCAAGACCAUCGAGAAGACCAUACAGCGCUCCACAAAACCCCGCCAGAUGGUGGAGAAGGAGAUACAAUCGGAUCGCAUGGAUGAUUCCACGAGGUAUUUAAGGUACAGCGCUGCCAGUAGCAGUAUCAGCUCCAACUACAGUUCGCAUCGGGAUCGCAUUAGCAGUCUGCGCUACAACGCAAGUCCUCAGUCCAGCGUUUCACCCAAGUCCAGCACACCGAGCGCCGAGUCCAAGGAACCUUCGGUGAGUCCAGCAAAGAGCAGCGUUAACUCAAGUGUGGCUAGUGUCAAGAGCAGCAGCACAAGCAACGGCAAAUCAAAGUUAUCACCACCAAAGGCGGUGCGACUCAACUCCCGACAAUCCUCCGUUGAGAAUCUGGCCAAUAAACCUCCAGCUGCACCCAGCAAAGCAGAAUCACCCACUAAGAUUAGCAACAGCAGCAACUCGAGCAACUCCUCGGCAAAGUGGCCUUGGCCCAACAAGGACUUUCGCAAGAGCUCGCUGAACGUGGGACCUACGGACAGACCGCGUAAAAGUCGCACGCCCAGCAGCGGCGAGAACGAGGAGGCAACGGGAACAGGUGCGGCAGCAGAGGCAACCUCGGGUUCGGGACUGGAAAGAUCACCUAGUGGCGGCAGCGAAGCUAGCGUCACCUCAGCCAGCUCCGCGCGCAAAGUGAAGCUAAGCAAUGGCAAAGCAAGUACCGUGAAAUUAAAAACGCAUAAAUCCUGUACGCCCAGCACAGGAAGCAGUAGCAAUAGCUCCACAGCGACCUCUGCCUGCUCCUCAUCGGACAACGAGCAACGCGUCAAGAACACCAAAAAGACGGGCAAGAAGAAGGCAGCGGCAACAAACGGCGUGCAACCGAAAGAGAAAACAACGAGCAAGAAGGUCGCUGCUAAGCAGGCAACUGACAGCAGCGGUGACAAUGGCGACGAUGGCGAAAAUAGCCACAACAAGUUCGUCACUGACUCACCUAGUGACGCCGCAGUGAGACAGUCACCUGCGACGGCGACAUCGCCACAGACAGAGCAGUCAGCAAAGCAGUUGGCAGCGCAGUCUACAACUCAGUUGGCAGAGCAGUCCUCGGCGCAAUUGGCAGCCCAGUUAUCCCCCAAAUCGCCUUCCCCGCUGCAGUCUUCACCGCAGUCGCCAGCAUCGCAGUUAGCAUCGCCGUCGCCUUCACCGUCACAAUCUCAGUGGACAGCGCAGUCGACGUCGCGUUUGCAGCGCUUGUCGGGGGUGUCGAAUUUUUUCGCCACUCGUCAGCACGACGCAAAUAGUGAACCGAUCUUCAUCGAAAGCUCCGAGAGCGCGGGCGAGGCAGACACGCCGCCAUGCGACUCGAUGGUCACGCUCAGUCUAACGUUAGACACACGAACGAACGAACCAACGACGACGACGAAGACCACAGCAAGUGGCCAGGUGACAACCACACCGAUAACGACAACGACAAACACAACGAGCAAUCCCAACUCCUACAGUUCCAGCACACAUAAUCCUCGCGAGACGAGCACAGCUCAACAGCAACAAAAACACUACGACAAAGAGUCGAGUUUGACCACAAGCGAGGCAAAUCCCUCGGAUCUGGACGAACCCAGUUGGUGGCAGGACACGAGUCUGCAGAUCAACACGGCUUCCGCUUUGGAUUACAAUAAUCGCGGCGAUAUGCCUUACAGGUUGCGGCACAUUGAUUCAGGGGAGGAGCAAGCCUGGUGGCUGCGACAGGAUGAGGGCGAUGACGAUGAUACGCUAGCGGAGGAAACCCUAAAUCCGCUGGAUGAUGAGCAGUCUAGGGAUGCAAGUGUGGAGAUCACCGAGGGUGGCAAGGCAGCUUGUGGUGCUUGGUGGAGCAGCAGCAACGACAACGAAAGGGAGCAGGAACAAGAGUCAGAAGUGCAGGGCAAGCUGAUGCCCAGAAGUCGCAUCUCCCCCGAGCAAGAUGCCUGGUGGCUGGACGAGGAACAGACGCAACAACAAACUCCAAUCAAAUCCCUGACGCCAGAGUGCAAGACCAACGGAUAUCACGAUGAGCCUCAUGUGGAGGUGACCCUCAAGCUGCCCAGCAACAGCUCCAAGGCGAGCAACGGCAGUGGAAGCAGCGCACCCACGGAUGCUGCUGCACAACACUGGUGGAUGUCGGGUCCGGCUAAGAAGCUGUUCAACGUACAGCGCGUGGAGUCCGGUGAGCGUGCCUGGUGGCAGGAGAAGGAGCAGGAGGCACCACCUCCGCCUCCACCAGUGAAGCAAGCAACGCCUCCAACGCCGCCGCCACGCAUAAUCAAGCACUGGGAGUCAGGAGAGCGCGCCUGGUGGUUGCAGGAUGACGAGCAACAGCCUGGCAACGCUGGUGAACAGUUGUUGCCCUCAAAUGGCAACGACGUCGUGGACUUUAAGCAAACGAAUGGGCAGAUACCACGCCCACUGGCACAGGAUGCGCCCUCGGAGCUGAGCAGCUCCUUCAAUUUUGCGUACUCAGUGCGACCGCCGCCCUUGGGACAAUGCUCGAGUCCCGUGCCGCCCGAGCUGGCCAACGAGCUGGCGGAGCAGCGAAAGCUUUGUGCAUCGCCCUACGAUAACAUUCCAAUGUCAAAAGUUCAAAUGGCAGCAGCGCCGUCGACGCCACAGUUGCAGCCAGCCACAGCGCCUCGCUAUGCUUAUGCUCCGCAGCCGGGCCGCGUGGGCGACAAGCUUUUUAUAUCGCGACAUCAAAACAUCGAUGAGCUUUUGGGCGGCGCAUGCCGUCCCCUCAGUCCACUUUUCUAUAACGGCGGCGGCAUCGGCAUCUUAGAGAGUGGCGAGGCAUCACUGCCGACGUCGGCGUCGCUGCCGCCGGCGAACAAGAAUAUGUUUCUGCUCGAGGAGAUUACGCCGGAUCAGGUGCGAAUACACGACAGCACCGCUCAGCUGCCGGUCAUACAGCGUAUGCAACGCGAUGUCGAGUGGCUAGAGAAUGGCAGCAGCAGCAACUUUUAUGAGCAGCAACAGCAGCAGCCGCAACAACGCAGGAUCGACGAUGCUGCUAUUCAGGUGUUUAAGGAUGGCGAAUAUGGCGCCUACUUGGAUCUGGAGUCAUCUCUUGCCGAGCAGACUGAAGAGAUUGAGGGACUGCAAGCGAGUCGCAAAAACUCGCUGGUGGUGCGCACACAGCUGAGCGUACGCGUUCAGGCCAUUAUUGAGAAACUACUCUCAUCAGAGGGCAGCGAUUUGCGUCGUGCACUAUUCUCUCUCAAACAGGUGUUCCAAGAGGAUAAGGAUCUCGUGCAUGCCUUUGUCGCACUGGGCGGUCUCAAUUGUCUGGUGCGCGUUGGCAAUUGUGCCGAUCAGAACUAUCAAAACUAUAUUCUGCGUGCCCUGGGACAGGUCAUGCUCUAUGUGGACGGCAUGAAUGGCGUUAUGAAGCAUCAGCCCACCAUGGAGUGGCUUUAUUCAUUGAUCGCAUCCAAUUACCGUUCGGUUGUGAAGACGGCGCUCAAGCUCUUGCUCGUGUUCGUCGAGUAUGCCGAGUCCAAUUGCUAUGUGCUUGUGAGCGCCAUUCAUGCAGUGGACGCUGCCCAAGGUACAGCGCCAUGGACAAAUAUAAUGAGACUGUUGAAGGACUAUGAUAACGCAGAUGCAGAGCUGGUGAUUUAUGCUACUUCUCUCAUAAAUAAAACGCUUGCUGGACUGACGGAUCAGGAUAGCUUCUAUGAUGAAAGUGAUCUUCUGGAACAACAGGGCAUGGAGGCAGUGAUACUACGCUAUAUGUCCAAGCCAGGCACAGAUAUGGAUCUGUUAGAUCAGCUGCAGCUGUACGAGGCGGUGUUAAAAUUCGAGGAUGGCGAGUCGGAUGGCCAGCGUUUGCCACAGAAUUCUAUGCGCAAGACGCAACGCAAUCGUCCUGGCACUGGAACCGCAGAACGUCGCAAGUCGCGUCGCCACAGCACCGACAAUAGCCCGGCGCCAUUGACCAAAGUGCUGCCGACCACAGUGCUGAGAAUGACGCCAACGCAGGCCACGCUCGAUGAGGACGACAGCUCGGGCUCGACCAACUCCACAGAGUUCAGUGGCGGACUGUUUCAGGAGAAGAAACCUCGCGAUGGCGCUGGUGUCACUCCGGGUCUAAGGCGACGUCGUGAACGCGCCGAGCGCCACAAAAGCUUCCUCAAGGAGCAAGAGGAAGCGGCAGCCAAUGGCAUCUUAGCAGCCCGCGAGCUGCGUGAAAACUAUGGCCAAAUUGUAACUGCCAUACCUGCAACCAUCCAAAGCGGCGACAGUCCGCCGCAAUCAUUGCAAACUGAGCUGCUGCCGCCAACUUCGUCGCCUCCAAACGCAAGCAUACUAGAGUCCAACACACCCAUUAGUAAUAAUAAUUCGAGCCACAACAACAACAGCAUACAACAGUCCCACAACAACAAUAGCAAUAGCAAUAGCAACAAUAACAAUCACAUCGAGACGCCCAACAACAGUCUGUUGCUGAGUCCCACAAAGCAACUGUUGAGUGGCAGCCAAAGCAUUUCCAUCAUCAACAACAGCUUUGACAAGGCCAACAAUAAUACGAACAAUCAGAACGAGUUCCUUACCAAAAAGAACCUCUUUCGGGAGCGCAACGCAACUGUGAUCAACGGCAUCAUGAAGAACAUUCAGCAAACGGAGUGCAGUGCCUACAAAAAGUAUGAGAACGAUGCCAAUCGACUGAACAACUAUUACACGCAACUCAAUCAAUCGCCCAAGCAUCUGGCGGCCACCGCACAGGAAGUGCUUAGCCCCAAAAAGACGUUGAAUGGCUUUGAGUUUGCUGCCAGCGACAGUUCGACACCAUUAAAAUUGGAGCCGUUGCCACCACCCGAGCCAUUGAGUCCCAUACACAAGCCAAUUGCAGUUGGUGCGCCUCCGCCACCGCCACCGCCUCCACCACCGCCGCCGCCACCGCCUGGCUGGUGGCAUUUUCCCCAAUUGAAUACACAGCCUCGGGCACAGCCGAUGGCAGCUAGAACCACCCUAACAACCAGUACUAACCCAGAGCAACCACAACAAGACAUGGAUACAACAGAUCUGGAGGAUAAGGAUAUGCUGCUGCAGCUGAAACGGGAUCAUACGGUCAAGGAUCUCACACGGAAGCUGAGUAAUCUCCCCACGAGUCCCACACAGGAGCCAGGCAAUCGGGGCGCCAUCUGCGGUGACAUGUCGGGCCUCAUAUCGAAAGCCAAAGAAGGUCUUGCCAAGAGCAAGAGCAAAAGUGAAAUAUCGCGCUCAUCGAGCGUCGAUCAGGAACUGAAAAAGCCCGAGCCGAAGAAAUCGGAGAAUGAACUGCACUGGGAAGAGCUUGUGCGCAACAUGACACGUCCGCUGAAUCUAUGUGAUCUGGACUUUACCGAUCUGCACUCGGAUGACGAUAAGGAUGUGCUGGCACCGCGUGGCCUGGGCGCAGGCAUUCCGCCUCCACCGCCGCCACUUGGUGGUGGCAUGGUAAUGCCGCCCCCCCUGAUGCCGCCCAGCCUGGCCCCGCCACCCAUGUUCAAUUAUGGUGGCUAUGGCGCUGGCAGCCUGACCAACAGCGUCAACAGUUCACUGAAUGGUUCGGUGAACGGCGAGCUGGCAAAUGGCAACAACACCAUCAAGAAGAACAAGAAGACGGUCAAGCUCUUCUGGAAGGAAGUGCGCGAGGACAUGAUUCCCCAGGUGGUGGGUAAGACCAUUUGGGACGAGCUGCCCAAUGCCAAUGUGGACACCCAAAAGCUAGAGCAUCUCUUUGAGUCGCGGGCCAAAGACUUGAUGACCAAGAAACAACAAGAGCUGAACAAAAGCAAAGAGAUCAUCGUGCUGGAUCACAAACGCUCCAAUGCCAUCAACAUUGCAAUGACCAAGUUGCCACUGCCGUGUGCCAUCAAAACUGCGAUUCUCAAGAUGGACGCCACCGUGGUCACCCGUGAGGGCAUCGACAAGCUGUUGAACAUGUUGCCCUCGGAUGAGGAACGUGACAAGAUUCAGGAGGCACAGAUGUCCAAUCCAGAGCUGCAGCUGGGCAAAGCUGAACAAUUUCUGCUGACACUUGCUUCCAUUUCAGAGCUGGGCGCACGUCUGAAACUCUGGGCCUUCCGCUUGGACUUUGACAAUUGCGAGAAAGAGAUCGCUGAACCUCUAAUGGAUCUCAAGCACGGCAUUGAGAUAUUGCGUCAGAAUCGCACUUUCCACUGCAUUCUCUCCACACUUCUUUCGGUGGGCAUCUUCUUGAAUGGCGCCCCUGUGAAGGGCUUUCAAAUCGAGUAUCUGGCCAAGGUGCCCGAGGUCAAGGACACCGUGCACAAGCACUCGCUGUUGCAUCAUCUCUGCCACAUGGUGAUGGAAUCGAGCAGCGAUACCAGUGAUUUGUACUCUGAAAUCGGACCCAUUACACGCGCCUCCAAAGCCGAUUACGCCGACUUGGCUCACAAUUUGACGCAGCUGGAGGCGGAGUGCAAAACUUCGUGGGAUCGACUGAAACUCAUUGCCAAGCACGAUUGUGCGCCGCCUUUAAAGCAGAAACUUGUGGACUUUUUGGCCGAUUGUGCCGAGCGUAUUAUUAUACUGCAGAUUGUGCAUCGUCGUGUAAUGAAUCGCUAUCGCAAGUUCCUCUUGUGGCUGGGCACGCCGCAGAUCAGUGUUGCAGACUCGCGACCGAAUGAAUUCUGUCGCCUGUUGUCGGAGUUUGCCCUAGAGUAUCGCACAACGCGGGAGCGUGUGCAGCAGCAGCUGGAGAAGAAGGCCAAUCAUCGGGAGCGCAACAAGACGCGCGGCAAGCUCAUCAUUGACAUGGCCAAGUUCAAGACCAAAGAGGAUGUGGCAGAUGCCGAGCUCAAACAACUUUUGGGCACGCCCAACGCUGAUCAGCCGGACGGCACGCUGACCUGGCGUAGAAGACGCGCCGAGCAGUUGCGCUCGCCUAUCGCACGCCAGAGCGAGGAACAGUUCACCGAUGGCGAUGAUGAAAUACUCGAAUCUCUCGUCAAGACCGCCACAAAGACGUCCGGCAAUCGGACGACGCCACGUGAGCGCAAACGCACGCGUCAUGCGGAUCGCAAGUCCUUGCGUCGCACGCUGAAGAACGGUCUUACUGACGAGGAGAAACAGCAUGUGGCGGCCCUAAUACAAACCUAUUAGAGCUAAGGAAGCUUCCUCUAUAUUUUCCUCAUCUCCCCUCAAACAUUUCCCAUGAUCCUCAAUCAACGCCCAGUGACGUCACAAGUCGGGACUUUGCGUGCGCACAGACUGAAAAUUGGCGAUCUCACAACACUAAAGCAGUCGGAACUGGAACCAGUAUCGUACCGGAACUGAAACUGUUAAUUUGGAACUGCAAUACUCCCCAAAUCUGAAACGAGCAAAACGUGCGCUAAACUACAACGAAAAAGUCCUUACAAAACUCCGCAAAAAAAAAAGUUCUCUUAGUUUUCAUUUUGCACUGUUAUUCGAUAUUUUGUUUUUACUUUUAGCUAAGUAUUAAAAUUAAUCAUAUAUUAUAUGCAUAACAAUCACAACAAAAA